ACUCCAGUUACGCCUAUUUUUACAGAGAUGUGCGUUGCGUUAAACUUCAUUAACAGCAUUGGAUCUCCAUUUAAACUCUACUCUUCUCUCAAACACGAGGGAUAUCUUGCCACUGGAUCUGGUUUUAAACUAAAACUGAUGAUAGACAGACCUGAGCUUCACAGUCACGUGGUAUUCUAUGCCAAAGAUGCAGACGGUAAACGGAAAAUUCUUCUGAAUGAACAGCCGAGCAUUUCAGCGGCAGUAGUUGCUGGCUGUCCAGAAUAUUGGGACGUGUUUGUGACGGCCGGGCAAGCAACACCGUCCGAGUCACCACUGCAUCAUUAUCAACACCAUCACCAUGUCCAUCAUCCAGGUGUUUCAUCCUCUGUAGGCUAUCCUCCGCCAUCUGCAGCACCAUCACUUCCUGCUCCGUUGCCAGUAAGUCCCGCCUCUCCUCCUGUAGUUUCAAAACCUCCAGCUCCAGGUUUAACGACAUCCCAGGGAGGCCCCGCCGCAGCAGUGCCUGGUGCUUCCGCCUCACCGUCUCCACCAUUUUCAGCCCCAGCUCCACCUUCCCCACCUUCUUUAGCCCCAGUUCCACCUUCUCCACCUUCCUUAGCCCCAGCUCCACCCGCUGCACCUGCCGCACCUCCCACCACCUAUCCGUAUCCCCCAGAACCGUCUCAAUCUUCUUCAUCUACACUGUACGUGCCCUCCUCUCAGCUGGCUGCAGCACCACCAAUAUCAGGUCCUUCACAAGCUUUCUCACCUGUAGCUCCAUACACUCCAGCAGAAGUAAUAACGACAUCUCUGGAAGACGAACCUCCAACAGUUCACUAUCACUAUCAUUACGACGGUCAAAAAGCACCAGAAGCAACUUCCUGGGGGAGACUGUAAAGUUUAAAAAGGUGAACCCGCUUUUGCAAGGAUCCUCACGAGUGCUCUUUGACUGCUUCAUUAAGCUUCUGCAAACAAGACUUAAUGUAGAAGAAGAA